AGAAACACUCGUCGAAGGACGAAAACAUCUAGGUUUAUUCAUACAACAUUUAUAGUGUGGCGCAUUUUUUUUCUUGUUUUGAUCUUCUUUUUGCUCCGCGAGCGCUGUCGUAGUGACUUAUAUAUACUUAUAUAUAUAUAUAUAUCGCCCUACCCCCUUUCUUUCCUUCCUACUGUCAUCUGAAGGUUCUUGUUCACCUUCUUUCCCAAGAAAAGAAUUAAAUCGAAGGCAACGAACCCACAAUCAGCAACAAACAGACAACACCGAGUACUCUUAUAGCACCUCCGCAUCAUGGGCUGCACCAAGAGCAAGCCAGCGCGUGGCGACGGGGCCAGCCCGGCGCAGAACCACAACGGGGCAGCGAGGACGCAAGAGGAGAAGGCAGCCGCAAAGCAGGCGCAGAACGAGCAGAAGAUGGCGGAGCGGCGCAGCGAGAAGGAGCUGCAGAUGGAAGAGCGACGCAGCGAGCGGGAGCGCAACGAGAAGCUGUGGAAUAAGAGCAAGGAUCCGAGGGGCGGGACCGGCGGUGCCUACCGCGCCCCCCAGCAGAAGGGCAGCGCCUACCUGAUGGCCAAGUCGGACAAGGGAGAGGCGAAGGGCGGGUGCGGUGGCAGCUACGGCCACCUGAGCAGCCACAACGGUUCCCAGUACGAGAUGAGCGUUGGCGCGCAGACACCGCGUGGCGGCUGCGGCGGGGAGUACCGCCGCCCGGAGAGCAACAACGGCGGCAGCCGCCGUGGCAGCCGCUACGGCAGUCAGUACGGCGGCAACGAGCGGGAGAUGAGCGUGGGCGCGCAGACACCGCGUGGCGGCUGUGGCGGUGCCUACCGCAGCAGCAACUACGGUGGCAGUCGCCAGGGCAGCCAGUAUGGCGGGUCUCAGCGUGCGAUGAGUGUGGGGGACGGGACGCCGCGGGGUGUGUCGGGUGCGACGUACCGCCGCACAGACAAUGCCAGCAACAAGGGUGACGCACCGAAAGCCAACGGCACCGCACCGAAAGCCAACGGUACCGCAGUGAAGGCUAACGGAGAUAAUGCGCAGCCCAACACCUUACGCCGCGUCGCCACGGAGCCGUCGGCCUCUCUGCAGCAGCCGGAGUAG